CCCAAGGCCAGGACCAGGCACCGGGAGGCUGGACUGCGGUGGCGGUCGGGAAGGCGCAGGCGCGGAGGCGCGCCGUGCCUGGAGCCUGGUCCGGCCGCCUGCACUUCCCGAAAGGAGCCAAACCCGGGCAGCCGCAGCGGCCGAACUGCGCAGGCGUCCGUCAGCUGGGAUCCCGCGCGAUCUGGCUCUGCGCCAAACCCCGGGCCGAACCGCAGCAUCUCUUGCUCCCCGGGGAAAAACUCAAGAUCUGGCAGACAAAGGAAAACCUGAAAUGUUCCUAAAAGGUAAAAGGACCCCUCCUGGUUCCACUGGGGCUCGAACCCAGGACCUUCUGCGCGUAAAGCAGAUGUGCUAACCGCUACACUAUGGAACCGCGCGGUGCGGCUGCUCUUCGGGGUGGAAUAAGUGCACAUAAAGACCUUUCUCUCGCCAGUGCCAGUGUGGGAGGAAACGGAGCGUAGAGGCCCGGCGACCGCUCGGGGAGAGGAACUGUCAGAAGGAUCUUGGGCUGCUAAGCGCAGCUCCCACCCACGCUUCUCGGCUGCACCGGCUCCGCCGCUUCUCCGAGAAAGAAGGCCAGACCCACGACAAGUGUCCCGGGACAUACGGCAUUCGGUGUGCCUGCCUUGAUGUAAGCAGCGCGGAGGGGGCAUGAGUACCUGGCUCUGUGGCGCAAUGGAUAGCGCAUUGGACUUCUAGACUGUUGGAGUGAUUCAAAGGUUGUGGGUUCGAGUCCCACCAGAGUCGCUUUUGUUUUGGGAAGGAAGUAAGAGAAAAACCGACCUGAACACCUUUAAAAUUCCCCACCUCACUCGCCCCACUGUGAAAAGGAAGGAAACUCGUUCUAACUCCCUGUUGGGUCCUUUCGUGUGAAGGGGUUGGGAGACCCGUCACCCGAGUCUUCCCAGUAGCCUUCAGGGGGCCCCAGAGUUUCCGGUGAUUGGAGGUGGAGAAACUAGCAAGACGUGGUUACCUGUUAAACAUUGCUCCUACUUCCUGAUGCAUUUCAUUCCUGAUACAUUCCGGAUCAUAUACAUUUCAUGAAACAAUGCAAAUCUCAACGUUCUCCCACAUAGGGGAGUGGCUCCAAACUCCAAGCCGGAGGAAAAUGGCUGUGAGGCUCUACAUGAUUCAAAUGGCUGUAGACGUGAACCAGGAAGGGCUGCCGCCACCACCGCCGCCGCCGCCGCCGCCGCCCACAGAAGCUGACCCAGGUGCUUGUUUGUUAAACCAGCUGGAGCAAACCGGAAUCGAAGGAUACUUGGCAGAGAGAGCGUCUGGGCUGUCGGCAUCCCCAUGGAGCUCCGGCGCCCCUCGCUCCCAGCUCAGCGCGUGGCCGCUAAGCCCCCUGCGGAGCCCGGGCGCCCAGAGCCUCCCACCUGCGGAGAAAGGUCCCAGUGCCAGCAGCUCCCAAACGUUGCUGGAAACUGGAGAGAAGACAGAGGGCUCAAACUGAUCCCCAAGCAAGCGAGCGUUGUGCAGUGCGUGCGAGGAGCGCGGUCUCAGCCAGAUCCAAGGUCAGGGUAAGCGACCCUGACGUUAACCUGAGCAGUUUAAACGCAGGGACAUAUAUCCCUUUUCUGUUUCCCAUUUUCUCCCCUCCCGGAGGGGGAAAACGGCAGGUCAAUCUCUCCACGUCUACACCCCACGGUCGUGUGGGCGGAGAACACCUCCCACGGUGGCAAGCCUGGAAUUCUUUCAUAAUGAAACCUGCGCUGCCCCUACUGUUCAUAGGGGCAUCUAAAACCACUGCCGAAACCCGGGAUCGAACCAGGGACCUUUAGAUCUUCAGUCUAACGCUCUCCCAACUGAGCUAUUUCGGCAGCUUAUAAGAGUUACUUUCUGCAUUUCUGUAAUGAAAUAGUAUGUGUUCUGUCCUAACAGAAGAGGCCAGAACAGGUUCAGCUGGAAGUAAGCAUCUAGCAAAUGUUAUAGAGUUGACAAAGCACAGUCUCUAUGUAUAAGCUAGAAAUGACAAGUAAUUUUACUUUUCUCAGUUGUUUGGACUCAAGAAAUAUAUGGAACUGAACAGGACGGCCACGUGUAAAAUGUGGCUUUUCAGUGUCACCUCCACAUGAGGUAUGCGUAGAGUCGUGGCAUCUGUAUAUUAAAGGCUUUGACUUGCCAAACUUAAAUCGUGAAAAUAUGCCUCCAUUU